UUUUCAUAAUAAUCUGUGGUGAAACGAAAUGUCUCAUUUUGAGGAAAAGCUGCGUAUUUAUUUUGGCCUUAAUAAUUUUCAUAACUAGGCCUAAGUUAAAUGUGGAUUAUUUGUAAAAAUAUGUAAUUAAAAACGCAUUUUGAACACGUGUAAUUUAAAUUUUAUUUUAACAAAUGUGUAAAAUCAAUUAUAAUUUAACUAAAUUUGAAGUGAACACAAACCAAUAAUAAAACAACGCAGAGUCGCGAAAGUGAUGUGAAAUCGUAUCGAAAACAACGAACUUUACGACAAUACUGUAAAUUAAUAAUUAGACAUGGUAGUUCGCCUGCCGAACCGCGCAUAGUUGCUUCCUGAACCAGCAUGGGGCAACAGGCUUCCAGAAAAAACGCGGCGCCCCCGGGCUCCGAAUGCGGCUGCGGCGCGUGGGAGCGGCGCCGCCACGCCGAGUCGCCGGGCAGCGUGCAGCGCUACGUCAGCGCCGUCACCGACAGAUGGACGGGCCGGGAGUGCGUGUGCCGCCGCCGCCGCUGGCGCCGCCCGGCGUGCGUGUGCACUGCCUACCGCCGCGUCAGCGAUGCGUGCCACGACGACGGUCUGGCGGCGGUGUUGACUCUGGGCAGAGAUCUCCGUAGGGAGUUGGAUGCGAUCGUCUUGAAUACUGACGGCGACGCAAACAGAGACAUACGCGAGCCCACCGCCGAGUUGUACGUGCUCUCCGUGGAGCCCACACGAGCCGAGGGUGAACCCUCCGAGGGUGCACGGAGGAGGGAGCGAGCCCAGGCCACCGACCGCGGCGUGCGGCGGUUCCAGGUGGUGUGUGGGGGGGAGCUCCGCGCGCUGCUGCUGCGGGCGCCGCAGCUCGACCACCUGCCGUCGCCGCCCACCAUAGUGCACACGCAGGUGGACUACAAGCACUGCCUGGUGCCGGACCUGCAGGAGAUCACCGCCUGCUCCUUCUACUGGGGCAAGAUGGACCGCUAUGAAGCCGAGCGCCUGCUGGACAACAAGCCCGAAGGCACGUUCCUGCUGCGCGACUCGGCGCAGGAGGAGCACCUGUUCUCGGUGUCGUUCCGCAAGUACGGGCGCUCGCUGCACGCGCGCAUCGAGCACUACCAGCACCGGUUCAGCUUCGACUCGCACGACCCCGCCGUGUUCGCCGCGCCCACCGUCACCGGCCUCAUCGAGCACUACAAGCAGGACCCCGCGUGCGUGAUGUUCUUCGAGCCGAUGCUGACGGCGCCCCUGCCUCGCAACGCGCCCUUCGCGCUGCAGCAGCUCGCGCGCGCCGUCAUCGUCUCGCACGUCAACUACGACGGCGUGGAGCAGCUGCCGCUGCCGGCGCGGCUGCGCGCGUACCUGAAGGAGUACCACUACCGGCAGCGCGUGUGCGUGCGCCGCCUCGAGCACGACGCCUACCCGCACAUGUAGCGCGCGCUGUACUGCAUGCCGCGCUCCCUCGGCCACGGCAUCAUGUACGUCGCGACGGGCGGGCGCGGGGGACGGCAGUCACGGGUGUAGUGGCCCGAUGCUUGACAAUGAUGACAAUGUUGACACGGGGGGGACGGCGGCAGUCACGGGUGUAGUGCCCCGAUGCUUGACAAUCAUGACAAGUGCAGUGAAUGUUAACGGCCCAGUUUAUCACAAUACAUGUAAAGUGUGACAAGUGCAGUGAAUCAGUGAAUUAUAACGGCCUCUGGUGCGUGGCGAGCGAGGAUAUCAACAGUGAAAUGACGGUGACGAUUGUAGUGAAUGUCAACAAGAGAUUGCGAUAAGUGCAGUAAAUAUUAUAAUGACUCAAUGCAUCACAAUACGCAAGCGAUUUAGCGUUCCGAUACGAUGUCGUGUAGAAACCGACAGGAGUGUGGAUUUUCAUCCUCCUCCUAACAAGUUAGCCCGCUUUCAUCUUAGACUGCAUCAUCACUUACCAUCAGGUGAGAUUGUAGUCAAGGGCUAACUUGUACAGAAUAAAAAAAAAAUUAAAAAAAAGAGGAUUAGUGUUUUGACUGACAUAUCGACAAAUUAAUGUCGCAAGUGCAGUGAAUGUUAUAAUUAUCCAAUGAAUCACACGGCAUACAGAGGUUCUCUCAAUAAGAAAGGUGGAUUGAAAGCUCACUAAUACUAUGAGCUUCAAUAGCCAGUCAAUGUGACAAGAGCAGUGGAUAUGAAUAUGAUUGAAUGCAUCACAAUAUGCUCAGAUGUCGACUAGUGCAAUGAUUAUCAGAGUGACCCAAUGCAUUGCAAUACAUACAUGAUCAAUCAUGAAUGUGAUGAGCCUCAGUAGCUUUUUGGUCUGGGUGUAAACACAGAGAAGUGGAGUUCAACUUGUGUUGGAUCAUUGUUGUGUCCAGUCCUAUUGAGUGAGGACUUUUAACCUGUUCUUCGAGACACAAGGGAAAAAUUUUUUGAAGUAGGAAUAACAAUAUUUACUUAUUAAAGAUAAUUACAAAAAUUAUAAUUAAAUUUGUGAGCAUUUAAACAAUACACAGACAAAUUUCUGUCCUAUUUCUGUGCAAUAUAAGCCUUUAAUGGCUUGGAAUAUCAAUACUUCUGUAAUAUAAAAAAAUGUGUUGUAGACCUCGCGACGGGUAAAGUGCCAUCUAUGAGCCUAAGGUAUAACUGCAUCAUAACUGGUUCUUGUUGUGUACAAAAAAGGACUGUUUCCAAGCUCUGUAAAAACGCCAUCUGCUGGUAGUUUGAAAUAACAAACACUGUUCGACUGUGCCUGUAGAUGGCAGCAGUUUUUGUAACACAUUCGUUUUAGCAGACUCAAAAGUGAUUACAAUAAUAAGAAAACUAAUGUCGAACAAAGGUUAUGAUUCACAUUUGUCAGGACAACUUAAGUAACAAAUAAGACCCUAACCUAAGAGAAUGAUGACCUUGAGUGAAGUCACGCACUUUUGAACAAUGUGUGUAGGGUUAAAGGAUCCUUUGACUGUUAACAAACACUCCCCUUUUCUACUCGAGUCACUCUCCCCGCCUAUCCCAAGUAACCCAUAAAGAAUUACACAACAAGAGAUGUGGACGGCUCGAACGCCACGAGCACACUGAAGACGUCCGUACCGCAAGUCGUUGCAACGCGGCGAUAACUUUCGCCAACUUACUCCUCAAGUCUUUUUACUCCAAAAGAUAUAAUAACAACCUAAUUAAAAUAGUCACUAUUUAUAAUGAACUUGCGCAAGCUAGCGCCUGCGCUUAUUCAAUACAUAGCUUUUCCGCCUAUCAUAAUGUUGACAACUAUUGUUGAGUUAGUUUGCAAAAGUUCUAAUCAAACAAUUGAUGAGUAUUGUAAAUAAUAUAACCUAUUUAGAUACCUAUUUACGGCAAUGAUUUUAUAUUAUAGACAUGGCACCAGCCUCAGACCAAUUAUUGUAUAGGACCUGCCUCGCUAGACGUUACUUUUCUGUCAAAGUAUAUGAUCAACUAUCUAAUGCGAUUAUAAAAACUGUCUCUAUAGUAUCGAUGUUAAAUAGUUGUAAUCGUGUUCGUCGGUUAAAGAGCUCCGUAAAAAUACCUUUUUGUGUAAUUGAAUUGUGUAAAAAACGGGCAAAAACUUCUAGUUUAGUAUAACAUAUAUACAAAAUCUAAGCUCGUUUUCUUCAGAAAAUGACAGACAAUUUUGUUCAAGACUAUGAGUGCGAUACAGGUCCUUCUAUAAUUGGUCUGAGGCAUCAGCGCAUUUAAAUUGAGGCGAACGAAGUCCUCCAAUUGGCUUGAUUUAGUUUCAUCAUCAGUAAACAACUUUUGUGAUGAUUUUGUUAGCACAUAUCAUAUCUAAUAGUAUAAAAUCAUUGAUUUAGUAUGUAUUUAGAGUCUUUGCCAAAAGUUUUGUUCUAAAAUAAAAAAAACAUGACGAUUACUGCAAAUUAUAACAUGUUAUUAAGUAAGUAAUAAAUUAAUGUAAUAUUUCAUAAAUUAUUUUGUCAUCUAUUUUUAUAUAAAGCUUUAUUUAAAAUUAUUUACUGUACCUACUAUAUACUCAGAGGCACAAUUAUCCGCCCACUUUAAUAUACUUUUGAAAGUGGGCGGAUAAUUGUGCCUCUGUGUAUAUUAUUGUAGUGUUUUCGAGUAUAAGUCUACUUAAAAGUUAUAUUUAAAUGAAUUCAAAAAUAACUAAAAUGAAAGUUCCAAAAUUGUUACACUUUUUGGGAAGCAUAGUUUUCUCGCUAUUACUACAUUUAUUGAAAGUUAAGGACUACUUAAAAAUGUUAAAUUUAUUGUAAAAAAAAAGAAAAGUUCUUAUUAUUGAAAUUUUCAUCACACUUACUUUUUGUGAAUUAUACAGGAAGAAAAUUUUUUUAGUGCGGAUAUUUUUAUAUUUUGUACAUAAACAAAAUUUAAUGAUCACGUAUUUUUUCUUUUUUUCUUUAACUCAAAAAUAACAAAAUUAUCGUUAGCUAAAGUUAUUUACUUUUGAACAGAAUUUUAGGGUCACCCUAUUGUGCGUUUAUUUUAUUUUCGUUUGAUACCUAAAGGACGUCACCAGAUCACUUUUAAGCUGAAUAUAUCUUGUUUAGUAAUAAUAUGUACACUAUUUUGUUAUUUUAGAGACAUAAAUUAAAAAAAAAAUUACAUAAAAUGUAUCGAACUGUUUGUAGAUUUAUAUUCUAUUAAUGAUACAGAACCACGAAAAAAAAUAUCCGCACUAAAGACCGAAUCACCCUGUAUAUAAAUGAUGGAAUUGUAAAUAAUGUCUAUUGUAUGUACGAAAUCUUUUUAAUAUUUUUUUUUUUAUUAUUGAUAUUGGUCGAAAAUAUGAAAAAGCAUUGCAAUUUUUAAUGUGCCAGAUACCUCGUUCCAUCGUUCGCUGUGUGACAAAAUUUAUCUGGUUAUUCAUAUCUAUGUUACUUAAAGCUUUAAUAUCUUUUGACUAAGGUGUCGUUGGCCUGUAUAUGCAUUGAUUGUAUUUUUUUAAUUGUUUUUACUUUUUACUGAUUCUUUUAUAGAUGAAGUGCAACUUUUUGGUCGCGUUUUGGACGGGCAUGUCAGAUGCAAUUGAUGCUUUAUGUCUCUGAACACACAUAAAAUCAAGGGCCCUAUCGCGCGCCCCUACGUAACCGCUGAUACCUAAAAUCUUUUAUUGCGCGGAUUAACGCAUGAUGUUUGGAAACGUCAUAAAUAAUGCAUGCGAUUAUAUGUUUUUACUUGUGGGGGAGAUUCCCCCGGGGAGUGUUUUUAGUGGACUGUAGUUUUAUAUACGAAUGUAGGGUGCUGGUGGAAGGAGUUUAUUCGAAUGUUUCCUUCAUUCUAAUGGGCAGGCUCCUAUCACCGAUACGAAGGGUAAUUCAAACAAACCACCUACCUUUCGAUGAUCUUCUUGAGCCCUGCUGCUGGAGUCCAGCUCCCACGCCGACACGUGUUGACGCGCACACGCACUUGGCCGCGGCCUUUUUACACCGUGUCUUUUUAUCACGAUAUCGAACAAAGUCAAAUAAUAAAUAAAAAAGAUUAUUGUCCCCCGAAUUGAUCGUCCAUUCCGAAUAAACGGGCAGCGAAUACGAAGCGAAAAAAUGUCCGACGAAUAGGCGAAAGGUCGACAAUACAAUUCGCGAGCGACUGACGACAGGGCGCUCACAGCUCCGAGCGCGGUGAGGCAGUCUGUCGAAUACCCUCAACAUCGGCGACAAAAGUACCCACCCAAAUUGAGGAAUUUUCGAACUCCGAAUUAAUCGAAUAUUUACGAACACCGCCCACCGUUAAAAUGGAAUUUUAACCCAGCUUAAUAAUGAAUGAAAUUGGAGGAAAAAAAAAAAAAAAAAAAAUUAAAAUGAUUAUAUAAAAAUAGAAACUGAGUUAUAUAAGAAAACGAAAUCAGAAUGAAUAUGAAUAUAAACUAUGAAGCUAAAUAAAGAAAAAUAAUGGAAUUAAUCUGAAUCUGAUAUAGGUAACGGAGACAACCUAUGAACUGGUCGUUUCAAGAAACCGUAUUCAGUUUUAACAGUGACGGAACGAAUGACACCAUCUUUAGAAGGGUUCACUUCAUGAACCCGGCCUAGCUUCCAUUGAAAUGGAGGUACGUUUGGAUCGUUUAUGAGGACUAGUGUACCGAUUUGAAUAUUCUCGAUGUUCUCAGUCCAUUUACUUCGCUUUCGAAACGUAUGCAAGUAUUGGAAUUGCCAUUGCUUCCAGUGAAUUUGAAUUAAAUUUUGAAUAAACUGCCAACGCGACAACCUCUGUGGUCCGAACCACCACAGUUUGUAAAUUUUAAUUUCCGACGCGAAAUCCGCUGGGUUAUCAAAUGAACGAACGUGUCUCCAUUUAUCUGGAGAGACUAUAUUAAGAAUCGAAACGACGCGAUUUGCUACAUAUGUAGACCAUUUAUGGGGAGCAGCCCGUAACGAACAUAAAACGAAACUUGUAUCGGUCCAAGCUACCUCCCGAGCGAUUGGCACCUUGGACUUUAUCGACUUACGAAUAAAUGUAAAUAACGAAGGUAAGAAAUUUGCAGCGCAUAGUUCUAACCUAGGCAAAGAUAAUCUUUUCAAAGGAGCUACACGAGAUUUGCCUGCUAAAAUAUGAACAGAUACAUUUUGAUCUGGAUGUACAACUCUAAUAUAUAUAACUGCUGCGUAAGCAGCUUCUGAGCUAUCACAAAAUCCAUGAAGCUCAACACAACAAUCAGUCAAAGAUGGAACGAAACGAGGAAUGUGGAUGGUGGAUAGUUUUAGAAAUUCUGAAACUAUACGAAGCCGCUUACGUUGAAUGUGAAUUGGAACCUCUGCAUCCCAGUCAACGCUUGCUAACCAAAGUUCUUGAAUAAGAAUCUUGGCAGCAACAAUGACUGGACUUAGAAACCCGACAGGAUCAAAAAUGCGAGCAAUUUCGGACAAAAUUACACGUUUUGUUACUUUAUCGUGCAGAGGCUCUACGUGAUAUACAAACACAUCCUUCAGGGGCUGCCACGCUAGGCCUAAAACUUUAAUUGAACUGUCUUCAUCAAGGGAAACUUUUGAAGACUCCACCUCCUUUACUUCAUCAGAAAGACGUUGUAAAAACAAGGGGCUGUUCGAGCACCACUUACGAAGUUCAAAUCCACCUCUUUUUAGAAGUUCAAAAAGUUGAUUUUGGAGAUGAAUAGCGGAUUCCACCGAACCAGAACCACUUAGAACAUCAUCCAUAUAAGUAGAGUGACAAAUAACUUCAGCAGCUUCCGGAAAUUCGGAUUGAUGAUCGAUAGCUAGUUGCUGAAGAACACGAAUCGCUAAAAACGGUGACGACGAGAGCCCGUAAGUCACUGUUUUCAGUCUAAAAACUUGAGGCUCAACGGAAGGGUCUGUACGCCAUAAUAUUAGCUGAUAAUUUUGAUGUUUUUCAUCUACGAGAAUUUGUCUAUACAUUUGACGUAUAUCAGCAGUAAAGGCGACUUUAUGAAAACGAAAACCACAAAGCAGUUCUCCAACAUCGUUCUGCAACUUCGGACCUAUCAGUUGAGUAUCAUUUAACGAUCCUUGGUGAGUCGCAGCCGAUGCAUCGAAAACAACCCUCAGUUUAGUGGUUGAGCUAGAAGGCCUCACAACUCCAUGGUGAGGUAUGAAGUAGUGGGGCUGUCGAAUAUCACUUUGGACAAGUUCCAUAUGGCCAGAUUUAAGAUAAUCUUCCAUAAAAUCGAAAUAUAAAUUACGAAACUGAUCAUCUCGAGCAAAACGACGCUCCAUCGAAAGUAAGCGUUUCAUUGCUAUCGAACGCGAUUCACCAAGUGAUGGUUCCCCUUCCCGAAAUGGAAGUGAUACGAUGAACCUACCACAUGUCAAGCGCUUGUGAGACUGAACGAAUAUUUCUUCACAUCGCUGAUCAUCAGGCGAUAGGACUACUUGUUCUGGAACAGACUCUAUUUCCCAGAAUUUACGAAUUAAAUUAUCAAGACUGUUUUCUUGAUCUGAGACGACGAAAGACGAAAUCAUUUUAUGCGAAUCAUGAUUACGAACGAAUUUAAGGUCAACUUUUCCGAUAAGAAGCCAACCAAGCGAACUAGAAAUGGCUAUUGGUGUACCAAUAGGCCCACGAAUAAUUUCUCCGACGAAAAUAUCAUCAUAGACAUCUCCUCCGAGCAAGAUGUCAACAGAUGAAGGCGAAUUGAAAUUUGGAUCCGCUAACUGUAAAUGUUUUAUAUGAGACCACGAUUUUGUCUCAAUAAAAUUUGACGGUUUAGCGGAUGUUAUAUUUUUUAGAAUUAAUGCGCGAAGAGUAAAUUCUAAUCCUGAAGCGGUGUGUGAUUUAACUACGGUCGUUACGAAUCCCUUUGAACAAGUAGUCAAAUCACCGAUUCCUUGAAUAGGUGUACCUAACUUACGACGAGUCAAACCAAGACGAGUGACCAGAUCUUCAGUAAUAAAAGAAGCUUCAGAACCUGGAUCGAUAAGAGCUCGAGCACGAAUAAAUUUGCCUGAAGAAUCGCGAAUUAAAAUUACAGCAGUUGAAAUUAAGACCAUACUGUGAUUUGAAGUGACAUCUGUCGAAUACAAAGAGACGACAUUCGUUGACUCAUUUGAGGGUAGUUCCGAUUUCGAUAGAUCUUCAGAUGUAGUUUUUGAAUUAUUUGCGAAAUGUAACAUGGAACAAUGAUGAGAAGCAUCACACACUGAACAACGAAUUUUUGCGCAUGUGUCUGUAAGAUCAUGCAUGGGCUUAAGACAUUUCAAACAGAGACCAUUUUCUUUUGCGAAUCUAAAACGGUCGUAGGGUUUUUUCUGCUUGAACGAAUAACACGAAAAUAAAGAAUGCGAACCACGUUUACACAGCACGCAUGUCGAAUUCGACUGGACCGAAUUACCAGAUUUUGAUUUGAAACUACUUGCAGUACUAGAUUCAGGAGAAGUGACAAAUGAGGACUUAGCACGAGUCGUAUCUUGAUUUUUUGAAAAACGCGUUGAAUCAAAACGUGAUGUUGAACGUAAUGUUGACCUUGAACUUUCCCAAGCGAUUAUUUCGCGAUUUAAAAAUUCUUGGAGUUCACUAAAGCGAGGCACUUGAUUUGUUGCAAUAGAUUUAUCAAAAUUAAGUCGCGUAUCUUGAUCCAACUUUCUAUACAACAUGUGAAAUAACACGAAGUCCCAUUCCUCAAUAGGGAAACCCAUAGAAUCUAAGGCACCGAUGUUUUCUAAGAACCCACUAAGAAUAGUGCGUAGUCCAGAGGCGGACGGUGAAUUUAAAUUUGGCAGUUUAUAUAAAGCGUCCAUAUGCUGCAUUGCUAUUAAUCGUUCAUUUUUAUAAUUAUAUUCUAAAAUGCCCCAUGCUUUUCUAUAAUUACUACUGGUAAUCGACAUUCCUUUUAACAAUUUACUAGCAUCACCACGAACAUACGAUAAUAAAUAUUGAAAUUUAGCUACAUCUGAAAGAUCUUUAUUGCGAUCGAUUAAUGAUAAGAACAAAUCACUGAAAGAAUUCCACUCUUUGUAAUCACCGGAAAAAGGUGGUACCGAUAAAGGCGGUAAUUUUACUGCAGUAUAAUUUGAAUUUAAAUAUUGAUUUACUUCCGGUUUUGGUUCGGAAGUAGAUUCCUCUAAACCGAAUUUAAUACUCAUAAUUUCUCUAAUUAAGUCAUUAAAAGUCGAACGAAUAUUGCUAUGUUCAGGUUUCAAAACUUUUGUGCUUUCCAGUUCCAAAGUUUCAAUAGACGAUUGAAUUUGUUCAAAUUGGUCCUGUAUACGGGCGAGUCCCAUACAAGAAACCAUAAAUUUUCGAUAAGAAUUAACAUCUGUGUUUACCUCCAUACCUAACUCAAUUAUAGUAUUCAAUUCGCGCUCGAUGCAACCUCUGCGAUGCAUUAAAGCAGCGUGCUCUGUUGAUUCCGUCAUAUUGUAAAAUAAUUAAUAAACUAUAAAUAAAAAUAAAAAAAAAUAAUAAAAAAAGUUCAAGAAUAAAAAUAUUUUUUAUUUACCGAACUUGGCGUAUUCACUGCCGUGCCCACUACAGAACGGCUUACUACACGAAAACAUAAAAACUCAAAUAUAAAAAAAAAACAAAAUGAAAAAAUUAAAUAUAUUUUCGAACAAUGUCGUGAGUCGUAAUCGUAUCGUAUGGUAUAAAUGCUACAUGAAUCCGAUCGAACUUACUUCACUCAACGUAAUCUCAAAACUAAAACGAACUAAAAUGAACUAAUUCAAUACACCUCGAGUAGGUUUAAAGAACAAUUACAAACAAUUACGAUAUAUUAUAUACGAUAAAAUAAUACGAACGGAACAGUAUACCUAAUAACUGGCGAAACUAACGAAAAUUAGUAAGGUAGGUAGGUACCUCACUUCGUAAUAAAAAUUAUCACUUUUACGAAAACUUAGAUUAUUAGAAUGAGUUAAGUAUAUUAUUAUUCAUGAGUAACGAAAUAUACGCGGCACUAAUUAUUAUUAUUGUAUUAUGCAGUUUUUAACGAAAUAAAUGGAUCAUCUAGAACUUGACCUAUAUAAUUUAACUUUGAAUGCGAAGAACGAACAAAGAAUGAAACAAUAGGUAUGGCGUCAUUCGAAUUCCGAUUAUAAUGAUUUUAGGUUAUAAAAUAUAAGAAAAUACGUGUAUGGCGGGGUGAUUCGAAUAAAUAGAAUAAAGAAAACUUAAUAUCUGGCUACGAAGGCCAAUAAAUGUGGGGGAGAUUCCCCCGGGGAGUGUUUUUAGUGGACUGUAGUUUUAUAUACGAAUGUAGGGUGCUGGUGGAAGGAGUUUAUUCGAAUGUUUCCUUCAUUCUAAUGGGCAGGCUCCUAUCACCGAUACGAAGGGUAAUUCAAACAAACCACCUACCUUUCGAUGAUCUUCUUGAGCCCUGCUGCUGGAGUCCAGCUCCCACGCCGACACGUGUUGACGCGCACACGCACUUGGCCGCGGCCUUUUUACACCGUGUCUUUUUAUCACGAUAUCGAACAAAGUCAAAUAAUAAAUAAAAAAGAUUAUUGUCCCCCGAAUUGAUCGUCCAUUCCGAAUAAACGGGCAGCGAAUACGAAGCGAAAAAAUGUCCGACGAAUAGGCGAAAGGUCGACAAUACAAUUCGCGAGCGACUGACGACAGGGCGCUCACAGCUCCGAGCGCGGUGAGGCAGUCUGUCGAAUACCCUCAACAUCGGCGACAAAAGUACCCACCCAAAUUGAGGAAUUUUCGAACUCCGAAUUAAUCGAAUAUUUACGAACAACUUUUUACCGACUCUUUCAUAGAUGAAGUGCAACUAUUUGGUCGCAUUUUAGUCGGGCAGGGGCAAGAAAUUAGUAUAUGGUCUCGGAUCACGAGAUUGUGGGUUCGAAUUCCGGGUCGGGUCAUGGAAUGCUACUGAGCUUUUCUUUAUUCUGAGAUAUUUGCAGUAAAUUCUUUGCCCGGAGUCGGGAAGUUCCACGUGCCUCAUAUAGUAUGUUAAGCCGUCAGUCCAAGUUGUUAAUGAAUUUCACUACUCUUGCUCAGAAACACUGUCAUAUUACCACUCCACAGCGGGGCUAAACAAGCAUUUCAGCCUCUAGGGGCUAAAGUAAUUUUGUUUUUUUUAUUUUUGUGUCUUACGAGUACUAGCCUACUAUAAAUCGAAAAAGGUUUAAUUCGAAAAUGGUUUGAUCGUACUGAAAUAAUGACCUCUAUGAAACGAAGGAGGUUUUAUUUGUAAAUAGAACCAUCCAUAGAUUUAAGAGUCGGUACAGAGUACCAUAGAUCUACGGAAUCGUCAUAGGUAGGUAAAUCCUGACCAUAUUAAGUCAAUCCUGAUGGUUUGAUAAAAAAUUGAAAUUUGAACGAAAUGCGGCGUUUUUGUCUGUGGAAUGCGUAAUUAAAAAAAAAUUUUCAUUGAAUACUGUACUGAAUUUUUUUUUCUCGCAAACGUAGUGAAAAGUAUAACACGUGGGGCUAAACCCAUUCUAAACUCGGUUUUUAUUUAGCGACCUCGCCUUACGGCUCGUGCUCUAAAAAUACCUCGUAUAUAAUGGGUCUUUUUAGCCCCUUGUACCUACUAUAUUUACCCUAAGAACGACGUGGUGGGUCUGGUUCCAUAUCCUCUCCGAUGAGGCCUAGCCUUGUGGGCCAACAAGUUGUACUUUAUCCAUUAUUAAGUUAAAAUAUCGUUAUAUAUUUUUUAUAUGUAUGUAUAUAACUGUCCUGGAGAUCAUGGUUGUCGGUUUGGAGAAAUUUACUAAAAUGUAUGUGUAUAGUGAAUAGUUAAUUAUAUUGUAAUAUUAUAAGUAUUUACAGUUACACCAAUAAUCUUCAGUGGCGUAUAUAUGUAGUUACAUCACUUUUUAUUUGAACAUUUUAAUGUUUGACAAAAAAUAAAUAUGGCAAAUAUUCUUAAAAAUAAAUGUUUUUUUUUUUAAUUAAAUUAAUUUUGUAUAUUAAAAGCUUUUUUUUUGAUCAUUAUUUGCAGCAACACUACUUCUUAUUUGUACAAAAUGGACAUUUUUGACUUGAAUUUCUGGAGUGGUGUAACUGUAUAGUAUUGAUAUUCAAUUGUAUGGUGAAGGUUUACAGGUGACACUAAAAAUGUCAACAAACAGAACCUUAUUAAUUUAUUAUCAUAAAAUUAUGAUAUGCUUGUGAGUGGUUGGUAAACCAAUUUUAAAGUCAUAUCACCCAAAUAAUUUAAAAAUGCAUUUGUUGACUCUCCUCCUAUUUACACCUUGUACUGCAACCAAAACUAAACGUUCAAUAUAAAAUUGAAUUUCUAUAAAUGGUAGGUAAUAGGUAUAUGGUGGUUAUUUGGUUAUACUUAAACUACUGUAUGCCUGCGAUUUUGUCUGCGUAUAAACUCUUAACUCAGUCAUACAUGAUUUUUGUCUAACUUUAACCGUUUACGCAAUAAAACAAGUAUUUUUUUAGCAGACUCAAAUUAUUUUUGAUUACAAAAUUAAGAAAACUAAUGUCGAACAUAGUUUAUGAUUCACAACAUUUGUCAGGACAACUUAAUUAACAAAUCAAACUGUAACCAAAAUAAGACCCUAGAAUGGCAGAGAAUGACCUUGAGUGAAGUCACGCACUUGUGAACGAUGUGUGUAGGGGUUAAGGAAUUCUUUGACUGUUACCAAACACUCCCCUUUUCCACUCAAGUCACUCUCCCCGCCUAUCCCAAGUGACCCAUAAAGAAUUACACAACAAGAGAUGUGGACGGCUCGAACGCCACGAGCACACUGUAGCCGUCCGUAACGCAAGUCGUUGCAACGCGGCGAUAACAUAUUUUUACGUUUUUUUUGUAUAUUGAUAUAGCAUCUAUCGUCGAUAAAUGUACUAUUUAGUGAAGGUAAACUAUAUCCUAGAUUAAUUUGCAUGUCAUAGUUUUCGAGGGUAUUAUGAAAAAUGAAAUUUCUCCCUUAUGAAGUACCAGGCAGAUAGCAUAUUACAAUUUUUGUAUAACCAAAUAACUCCACCGUUUGUAUAGUAACUGUUAGAUAUUAAGUAAUUGUACUAUUAUAAUAAUUAAUUAUUAUUAAUAAUAAUUACCCACAUGUAUUAUGUCGAAGGGAGGUGUAGAUCGCGCAAAGCGUACAAAUUAUAUUGAAAUAUAAAAAAAUAUAUAUGUAUUUUAAAACUA